AUGGCUUCUCUCAUUCUACGGCGUGCGACUCGAGUGCGUGAAUCGGGGUUUGCGCGCCAGAUCGUCCGGAAGCGUACCCUCAAUGUCGACCACGGUACACCGACACCUGCACAAGGCAUGCCCCCUCCGCUCCGGGGAGUGAAGGUGCUUGACCUGACUCGCGUGCUUGCUGGCCCGACGUCGACCAUGCUGCUUGCGGACCUGGGCGCAGAUGUGAUCAAGGUCGAGGAGGUAUCUAGAGGUGAUGAUACGAGAUCCUGGUCUCCACCGUCUGCUCCUCUGUCGCCUUCAGCGCCGCAAGAAACAUCGCACCUUCCCCCGGAGUCGGCAUACUACCUCGCCGUCAACAGGAACAAGCGUUCGAUCACGGUAAACUUCAAGGAGCCUGAGGGCCGAGCGAUUCUCCAUAAGCUUGUGAAAGAGGCAGAUGUCCUGGUAGAGAACUUCAUCUCUGGGAAGCUUGCAGAAUCGGGGCUUGGUUGGGAGGAUUGCCGAAAAAUCAAUCCUCGCCUCAUAUAUACCAGCAUCACUGGUUACGGCCAAUCUGGACCUUUCAAGAAAGCUGCAGGCUACGAUGUCAUCGUCGAGGCAGAGGCCGGUCUCAUGCAUAUCACGGGCGAGCCUGACGGUCCGCCCUGCAAAGUUGGUGUUGCAGUAACCGACAUAGCGACUGGCCUAUAUGCGCACGGCGCCAUCAUGGCUGCCCUUCUGUCGCGGCAGCAAACAGGCCAGGGGGUCUGGAUCGAUUGCAAUCUGUUUGAGUCUCAGCUAGCAGGUCUUGCGAACAUCGCUUCAAAUUACCUUAUUGCAGGUCAGGGAGGGUCGCGGCACGGCACCUCGCAUCCGUCUAUCGUUCCGUACCAAGUUUUCCCGUGCAAGGACGGUUUCAUCAUGAUUGGGGCCGGAAACGACAAACAGUUCAAGCUGUUCGCCGAGACGAUAUUGGAACGUGCUGACCUUCCCUCUGACCCGAAGUUUUCCACCAACAAGGCCCGGGUUGCGAACAGACAGGAGCUUGUAUCACUGAUCACAGACACGCUACAGAAACAGGGCCGCGACCAUUGGAUAGAAAGGCUCACGGGCCUGGGCAUCCCUUUCGGACCCAUCAAUGACAUCGAGCAAACUUUCGGUCACCCCCAGGUUGCUGCGCGCCAGAUGAUCACAGAGGUCGAGCACCCGCGAGCUGGUAAAAUCAAGCUCGUCUCUCCCCCAGUGACUUACAAUGGGAAGAGAAUGCCCAUUGCCCGGCCACCGCCGUACUUAUCGCAGCACACUACCGAGGUGCUCACCGAGCUUGGAUAUAGCGAAGAAGAGAUAGCGACACUACGGGAGAAGAGAAUCAUCUAA